UUUUACCUUCAAAACAAAAUUUUUCUUUGAGAAACAAUGGCCCACAACGUAAAAGAAGAAAAUAUUUCCUUUUCGGAUCACGACUAUGUUCCGCAAAUGGAAGAGCAAAUGGAUGAGAUAAAUUUGGACAAUGUUUUUAUUGACGUGGAGAAUGUUGAGAGUAAUGAGACUGUUACUUCGAGAAGGACAAUUAAAAAACCGCAAAUAUUCACUAUGGAUAAAUUGGAGAAACAGACAAAGAAACGAAAAGCGCCAAAAAGUGGAAAUGUUGGAAGGAAGAAUAUUAAGAAGGAAGUCCCUCAAUAUGAGGUUGACUACAUUUUUGGUAAACGGUCGGACAAGCUUCAUAAAGGGAAAAUCGAGUACCGCGUCUUCUGGAAGGGUUAUGCCAUCUCGGAUGCUUCGUGGGAACCGGAAGAUAAUUUGGUUUGCUUUUUGUUGGUUUAUUCAAUCUUUAAGCGGGAUUCCGGGGGGGAUGAGAGGGGAAAUUUUUGUCCAUGUUAAAAACUGGAAAAAUUACCAGCCCCGGAAAACAAGUCCCUGGCCCCUCAGAUUUCCAUUUAUUUUCAAAAUAUUGUUUAUUUUUUAGCGUCAUUGCUACGAAGCCAUUGAGAAGUACGAGAGAUCCCAGGGUCUUGUUCCGACUAAAGCUUCAAAACAAAAGGAGGCCAAAUUGGAAAAUAUUGAAGAUUCCAAGCCUACAACCUCUUUUGCUUCUAAACAAGUCUCUUCAAAUGGCAAAAACGGGAAGAAAAAUGGAAGGAAGAAGGGGAAGAAGCGAGCUAGUUCUGUUGGGGUUGACAAGAAGCCAGUGACGAAGAAGCAAAAAUUGGAAGAGUUUCCGGGCACACGAGCAAGAUCUACAUCCUUCACAAAGAGAAAGGGAAGCAAUUCCAGCAAUGGAGGAAAAACGACUGCUUCCACAAAUUCCUUCAGCAAGGACACAACCCCCUUGCGUUCGGAUUCAUUGGAAGGCCAGUCUGGGGCUGGUGUUGUUACACGCAAGCAUGCUAAAGAAAACAAUGAAAAUGGAGGAGUUUUGACAAAGAAGCAGUACAAAUUAAAUGUCGCAAAUAUUUCUCUGAUAACGAGUGUCCACCCGAGCGGAAUUGAAGGGAUAAUGGAUCUUGUUGCUGAUGUUGUUAUGAAAGAUGGGUCAAUCAAAUCAGUCCUUACGGAAACUUUGAAGAAUGAGGCGCCUAAAAUUCUCUUUGACUAUUACGAAAGGGCGAUGGAAUUGA